GCUGCCGAACUGCGCGUUAAGAUCAAUGAAUUGAAGGACUCUCUAAUGCAGUGCAUCAGCGUUCAGGACUUCGAACGUGCCUCGUCGCUGCGCGACCAGUGUGCGAUGAUCGAGAAGGAGCAUUCAGCAAUUCUGCAGGAGCUCACAGGGAAUGUAGCGCCGCCGAGCGAAGUCGAUGGAGCAGCUAUGGAAAAACCCGCUGACGAUGCCGACGAGAGUGAUGACGAGGCCACAGCACCCGAGGUUAAACUGGUUAAAUCGCAGACUCGCUAUUUGAGUCGCCUCUCCGCUGAUGCCAUCUUAAAGGCCAAUAAAAUGGCAGCAAUUACUGUUCAGCAGUCGCCCAAUCUAUGGACUCUUCCACCCUCUCUGCGUUCCCUCCUAUAUAGCCUUGCCGUGAAAUUUGACCAUGCGACAAUCGGUGUUACGGCCAUGAAGUGCUUGGUCGACAUCUUCCUCAUUUUCGGAUUGCAACACUUUCUGGAGGUGGCUGACACCUACGAGGAGACGGACUUUGACAUAACCGACCUCGAAUUAAUUAAGGGCCCCCAAAUAAAUGCAAAUUGUAACGGUCCUUCCGCGAAAAUUGGUCUUUCUCUCCGCUUGUUAGCUCCACUCCUGGAGCUAAUGGACAGUGAGGAUGCUGACCUGCGAACUGCCUCCGCUCUCGGGGUGUGCAAGCUUUUCCUGUUUAACCGGAUUCAAUCGGGUCAGAUUUUGAGCCGGAUCCUCCUGCUCUGGUUUAACUCCCAGACCGCCGAUCUGCCCACCCUGAGCCAGAGUUUGGGCGUCUUCUUCACUGACUACUCCUGUUCAAAACCCGAGAGGCAGGCCUGUCUUGCAGAUGCCGUUAUCCCUACUCUAGCCAGCCUCUUAGCCGCCCCAGCUUCCUCACCCCUCUCGGAGGUCGACCCGGGUGUGGUUGUGAGUCUGUUGGUCCGUCUCACAGACUCCUCUUGUCUUCUCUCCAAUCUCAACGCCAUCACGAACACAGUCGAUAAGCGCGAUGACGAGGAUGCCGAAAAUCGGCCCCCGGUCAGGCAAGGUCUACCUACAGUGAGUUUAUAG